AUGGCUUCUCAAACCAAAACCAAGGCCGAAAGCCUCCUCCAACUCCUACCCCUUGAGGUGAAGCAAAACAUCAUGCUAAACCUCGAUAUAUCCUCCCUUUACGCACUUUUCACCACUUGCAGACACUUUUACAAUAUCUACAAGAGCGACGGGGGCAUUAUUAUUCGCGAAAUCACUACAAAUGCUCUAGGUGACUUCCUCCCAUCGGCUAUAGCCUUAUACGCAGCAAGACGUGCCGAAUGGGUAACAGAAUUGCACGUAUAUUCUCCUAGUCAACUUGUAGAUCGAAUACACAGGUUUGGCCGCAAAUAUCUCGACCGGAAUAAUAGGCCAUCACUUGACCGGCAAGACUUCUCUUUGUCCUUAGCUGAGGAGUUGAUUUCUUUCCACUCCACCGUCGAGAAAUUUGCUCUGCAAUUCAUGGAGGAAUCAUUGUCAGAAAUGUUUCUGAAUCCUCGGGGCCGCCCAAUUCCAAAACCUACAAGCACGGAGAUUUCGAGAGUACAGCUUACAUUUUAUUGUAUGGAGAUAUCUCGAGAACUUCUCCCUUACAAAAUCAGCUCGGGGAGUGAUUCGGACAGUGAAGACUCGGAGCAUGAAAUGGACGAUGAACGGCCUUGGGAAAUGCUCUGGCACUAUUUCACACCAUGGGAGAAUCGAAUCGCUGAAAGUAUUACCAAGUUCCUAGACAAGUUUAUUGAUGGUGUUGUCACCCAAGUUAUUGAUGGUAUUGUCACCCAAGGACCUAUUGAACUUAUUGAAAGGGGAACCAUGGUUACCGGCCAUUGGUAUAUUCUUAUGGGAUUACAAGGCGUGGAGGGCUUAGCUGAUGGAUCUUUCGACCUCGAGUUUAUAUCUCGCAUCGCCGCUGAUAAAAGAAUCGACUGGUCCCCGCUCCGUCACAUUAGCUAUUUCUCACACGCCAUGUCUGGUUUCACGUGGUUGCGACCUGCUGGCGGAAGCCUCAGGGUCCGAUCUCUCAACAUGGACCACCUCUUAGCGAGAUUUCCUCAGGAAGAAAACGGAGCAUGCGAUAACUGGUACUUCACGAUAAUCUCAGAGCAGCACAACCCUGAAGCUUAUCUAUCCCUUCUUUCGGGUAUCUUGUGGUGGGACCGUGAUCGAACCAAUGCCCAAUAUCCGGGCGUGCUUCCUAGUACAGCAGAGAUUCAAGACAUGGCAGAAGGCAAAGAAUACAUUGGGCGUGAAUUCGUGCCGGAAGUCGACUAUUGCAAAGAGAUUGGUUAUUAG